ACUUCACGGUGUUCUGGUGGAACUAGAGGUUCAGGAGGACGGCUCAUGACGAACACGGAGGAAAUAAACCGCGUACCGACGUGUUUCCCCACUACAUACCGGGUGACCCUGAGGCUGCUAAAUAACGUUUGAAAUAUGAUGUUGUCAACCUGAGACAGAGAUGAUGAUCUCGGUUGUAUUCAGAAAAAGCACCCUUCCUGCCCAGAAGUUGUGGCUUUGUGCAGGUCCUUCACAGAGAUGCUGGACAUCAGCCCUGAGCCCAAAGCUGCCGUUUUCCGAAAGGGACGACGGACGAGUAAGACCUCCUGCGGUCCUCAGCUUUGUGAGGACAGCGCUCCUCCAGAGGAACCAGAUUAGUGCACCUCCAUUUUUAGUAAGGAAUCAACAGUUCCACUCCUCCCCUGUGAGGCCGAAGAAGCGACCGAUGAUUGAACCUCCCAGAGAGCUGGAUCUGUUGCGCUAUGACAUGAAGGACUUGUGGAAAAGUCCCAAACCAGCCCUGUACCUUUCGUUUGCAGGACUAAUCCCCUUCGUCGCCCCCACUCUGCUCAUGGCUGUGACCGAGAGCUACUUUCCAGAGUUGGCCUAUGCUCAGUUAGCUUACGGAGCCUCAAUUGUUUCCUUCCUGGGUGGAGCCCGCUGGGGAUUUGCUCUUCCCGAGAGCAGCCCAGCCAAACCUGACUGGAUAAAUCUGGCCAACAGUGUGGUUCCCUCCCUGUUAGCCUGGGUGUCCAUGCUGAUGAGCGACAGCAUUGCCACGGCAACCAUCAUGGUUAUUAUGGGACUCGGAAUCUCGCUGCAUUAUGAUCUGUCUCUGCUGCCCACUUACCCCAGCUGGUUCAAAGCCAUUCGUGCCAUCCUGACCACCGUGGCCUUUUUUUCUUUCAUUGGUACACUCAUAAUUAAUGGCAUAUACCCAGAAAAGAAGCUAUUGCCAGGUUAAAUAGUGUUUGUAUACAAUCAUAAAGCCACAUUGUUUUUAUGUUCUUUUUUUUCCUUUGGUAUUAGAGUUCUCUUCCGUCUUAAUCACACGUCUGUCUGGUCAUGUUCUGUGUGUUUUGUAGAAGUUGUAUAUGUUAUAGAUCCUAGCAACAGCUAGCUUCUGUAAAAGCAACAGAAUAAGGAACAGGAAGCAAUGACAGUAGGCUCCUGUUCUCAGGACAGCAUGCUUCCUCAUCAGGGCCUCACGUUGAAUCUGUGUUGUGUAUGUUAGUGGUCCAGCUUUCAAAUAAUUCUGAUGAAAUACUUUUAAGUCAGUGAUUUGACACAAACACUGAGUUACCAGAAUCAGAAUUAUGAAUGCCACACAUCAGAAGAACUAAAGUAAAAAAUAAACUGAAAAUGGGUUCUUGCUCAAUGAAUAUUAAAUAAAUGCUCUCGUCAUUCAACAUACGUA